AUGGCCUCCUCUCAUUCAAUAAUCAUCUUCAUGGUCACAACACUUGUUGUUCUAGCAACUUCAGUUUCGGCAACCGAAUACAUCGUAGGUGAUGCAAGUGGAUGGACUCUAGAUUAUGAUUAUAGCAAUUGGGCCAAGGAUAAAGUUUUCAUGGUUGGAGAUAAACUUGUAUUCAAUUAUGCUUCUGGCACUCACAAUGUGAUGAAAGUUAAUGGUACCGGUUUCCAGCAAUGUGACGUGACAUCUUCCAAUGGAACUUUGACAAGUGGACGAGACGUCAUCCCCCUUCUAACACCGGGAAGGAAAUGGUACAUUUGUGGUGUUGCAAAGCAUUGUGAGUUGAGGAACAUGAAGCUUGUCAUCACCGUUCUACCACAAACGAUGGCUCCGGCUCCAAGUCCAUCUGCAUCAAGUGCAUUGGCAUUACCGGCAUUUUAUGGGUUUGGAGCUACAUUAAUCGGAAGUAUCUUGUCAUUGAUUGUUUAGAACGUACAUUGUAUCCGAUUUUAACCAUUGGUUAUUUGAUUUAUUUGGUAUGUCUAUUUGUUUAAAUAAUUGUAACUUUAUAUA